CAUUAAAAAUUCAUCGUGUUGAGCAAAUUAACACAGUUGAGUAAUAUUGUGCUUUGAAUGAUAUCCACCUUCCCCAGUAAAUGCAAAAAAAGAUGUUCACGACAAUUGAAUGAACUAUUACUAACCUCAACACUUGGAUCCAGAAUUUUCGAAUUACACAUUAUCAAUGGCUUCAUCAGAAAUCGAGAUCGUUUCUGACUCCAAUGAUCAGCAGACUUCAGAUUUCCGAAACCCUAACGAACCAGCCAUAAUCGAUGUUUACUCUGCUUGCGCUUACGGUGAUUUUGACAAACUCCGCAAAUUCGUUGAAGUUGACGGCGUUUCCGUUUAUCAGCCGGACGGCAACGGAUAUUACGCGCUUCAAUGGGCUGCUCUCAAUAAUUUCGCUGAUAUUGUCCAAUAUAUCAUCGAGCACGGGGGAAAUGUCCAUUCGGUGAACCAUGCGGGGCAGACUGCGUUGCAUUGUGCAGCAGUGCGGGGAUCAAUUGCAGCUGCCGAUGUGUUGUUGCAGAAUGGUGCGCGGGUCGAGGCUGCUGACGUUAAUGGUUAUCGGGCAAUUCAUGUUGCAGCUCAGUAUGGACAAACAGCUUUUGUAAAUCACAUUGUUGCAAAGUAUCAUGCUGACCUUAAUGUGCCAGAUAAUGAUGGGAGGACCCCUCUUCACUGGGCUGCAUUCAAGGGAUUUGGUGAUACAAUUAGGUUGCUUCUAUUCAGAGAUGCUUUCCAAGGGAGACAAGAUAAAGAUGGUUGCACUCCUUUGCAUUGGGCAGCAUUAAGAGGAAAUGCAGAGGCUUGCACUUUACUUGUACAUGCAGGCACAAAGGAGGAAUUAACAGUCAAAGAUAAUGCAGGACUUACUCCUGCAGAGCUUGCAUCUGAUAAAGGUCAUUGGCAAAUAGCACUUAUACUUUCUAAUGCCCAACGGUCACAGAGAAAGCAGUGGAAAGACAAGGUUUUCCCUAAUAAAAUGGGGCAUAAAGGUUAUGCUCCAAUUCUAUUCUCUGUUGUUGUUGUCAACAUCAUUCUCUUCAUCAGUUCAGUCCUCUCUGCUCCUGGUCUUACAAAAGUUACUGCUGUUGUCGCACUUUGGGGAUGGACUGCUGUUUCCCUGGCAGUUGCUGCGCUCCUAGUGUUAGUUCGUUGCAGUAGUAAAGAUCCAGGUUACAUCAAGACCGGGGUUGCUGGUCAACCUGAUGCUCAGGAUCCUCUAUUGAAUAUUGAUCUGAACAAUACUUCCAGUUGGACUGGGAACUGGUCACAGCUUUGUCCCACCUGCAAGAUCAUACGACCUGUUCGGUCAAAACACUGUCCUACUUGCAACCGCUGUGUUGAACAAUUUGAUCAUCAUUGCCCUUGGGUCUCAAAUUGUGUGGGGAAGAGGAAUAAGCGAGACUUCUUCAUUUUCCUUUGUAUGGGUUCUUUGACAUCUAUAAUUGGUGCUGCAGUUGCUCUUCAAAGAAUUUGGACAUCAGUGCCAUUGUUGGUAGCCGAUGAAUUGUGGUUACAUCAUGUUUUCUUUGCGUAUCCUGGUGUAUUCGCUUUUCUGUUUAUGGAUGGGGUUAUUCUAAUUGCUGCUGUAACUCUGUGCGUAAUACAGAUAUCCCAGAUAGCUCGGAAUCUCACAACGAAUGAGAUGGCAAAUGCUGUGAGAUAUGGGUAUCUUCGUGGUCCAGAUGGGAGGUUCCGAAAUCCCUAUAACCAUGGAUGUCGAAAGAAUUGCUCUGAUUUCCUUAUCAAUGGUUACACAAAUGAUGAUGAGAUUGCAUGGCCAUCAUUGCAGCACGUCGCAAGAUAGCAGCAUUUAUAAUUCCUGCUUGCUAUAAAGGAUGCAUAUAUUACCAGACGCCUCCAGGUGACCUCUUCAGUAUUUGUAAAAGGAUCCUAGAGGCUUUGGUUUAUUUCGAUUCUUUCCCAAUGUACCAAAAAACAUAAAUGUGAGGGGCUCUGGUUUUAUUUACAUUGUAAAAUAUAUAUAUCAUCCCACAAAAUUUUAGGAGGGAAAAUCUGUAACUCUUGCUGCAUAAAACUCAUACUGUUCUUUGUACAUCUUCACGUAUCAAAUGUUCGAGUGAUGAGAAGUCGACAAUGGAUGGGGGGGAAGAGUUUUAGGGCGGAUGUGUGUAGUAAUAUUAAGGAGAAAUUUUACUGUAAUUUCAUUUAAUAUUCCGUUACCGCUGAGUACAAACCGUUAUAAAUAUUCUUUUACCAUUGCUUGAAUAUCCAAUAUUUAAUGAUGAUUGAUA